UUUUGUUCAGACAAAGCCGAAGUGAGAAGGGGAAAGAAAAGCUUUUCACUUUGGUUUUCAUAGAAUCUGCAAAAACCAAAUCAGAGUGGUGGAGAGAGAGAGAGAAAGAGAGAGUCUUAAAUUCUAGGGAUGAGCAGAGCAGAGGAGAGAGAAUUCUAAAACCGUCCAUGGCGGCGUUGCAGAAAUUUAUAGAGAAAAAUAAAGACUCAUAAUUAAGCAGAGACAGCUUAAAUUCUUCUUUCUUUCUUUCUUCUCUUUUGUUUCUUUUUCCUACUUUCUCUCACCUCAACUACUCACUAGUCACAACCAAGAACCACACUUUGUUCCAAGAGAGAGCGAGAGAGAGAGACCUUGGCAAGCAUUAGAAUUUAGAUUCAAAGAGCAAGAACACCCUCGAGUGAGAAGAAGUCCCGUAUUUUAGUGAGGAGAAGGAGAAAAUAAAGGUUAAGGAUUUCAUGGUAAUUAGGGUUUCUGAAUUAUGGAUAUUGUUGGAUCAAGAUUAGGGUUUGAAGUGUUAGGUCUUAGGAAAUGGCUGGGAUAUUCUCAUUAGGAGGUAACAACAACAACAACAACGGAGACCAAGAAGAAGAAAAUCAGCAACAACAAAAGACAAAUUGGGUUUGGUAUAGAUCAAACGCGAACGCCACUAAUAUCAACCCAGGCUCGAGCCAACAGAUAUGGCAGAUUCCACCAGAGCAGAUGCUCAUGCAUCAUCAUCCACAUCCACAACAACAAAGCUUAGAUCUUUAUCCAGGUCAUCAGAUCGACGUCUCUGAUUUAGCCACCUCAUCAAGAUCCAUCACCAUAAGCUGUCGGGACUGUGGGAACCAAGCAAAGAAAGACUGCACUCACAUGCGUUGCAGGACUUGCUGUAAGAGCCGUGGAUUCGAUUGUUCUACACACGUGAGGAGCACGUGGAUACCCGUUGCCAGACGCCGUGAGAGACAACAGCAGCUUCAUAUGUCCACAUCUGGUGGCGAUGGCGCCGGAAGCGGUAGUGGUGGUGUAGGCGGCGGUUCGAGUAUCCCUAAACGCCAUAGGGAUACUACUCUUCCUGCAGGAACAUCCUCCUCCUCUCGCUUACCAUCCGACUCAGCAGGGUUAGAAAUGGGGGAAGCAAGUUUCCCCGGGGAGGUGAGCUCAGAUGCGCUUUUUCGGUGUGUCAAAAUGAGUGGCGUGGACGAUGGAGAUGGUCAAUAUGCUUAUCAAACGACGGUCAAUAUCGGAGGUCAUCUCUUCAAAGGAAUUUUGUAUGACCAAGGCCCUGAAAGCAGCUACAUGAGUGCAGGUAGUGGGGGAAGCGAUCAUCAAAGCUCAUCCGCAGGAGGCGGAGGAGGAGGAGGAAAUCCGUUUAAUCCACCCAUUGUGGCCGACGGUGGCGGAGGAGGAUCAUCGGCAAUGUUUGUAGAUCCUAACUCUGGUGGAUAUUAUUCAAGUAACAUGACGACUAGUGUGUUCAUGCCACCAGGUACGCAGUUCUAUCAAAAUCCACCAAGAUCUUAGAUCUUGAUUAAAUCAAGAACUUGAGUUUUUUUUUUCUGUUUUUGUUUCAUAUUGAUUCUAUAAAUGUAAUGUGAUUUUUGUUUUAUUGUUCUGAUGAAUUAUAUGUAAUACUUGACGAUUUUGCAAAUCGGAUAAACAUUU